UCGACAGUUACAAUAUUAUUUUACAAUACAAAUUUAUUCACCGUCAAAUACUCAUAUUAACCACUUGGCUCAUAUUACUCCCUAUCUCUAAUUCAUAUUGAAUGGAAUAUAACCAGGAAAAAGAAUGAGAAAAAAAAUAUCAAGGAAAAGAAAUAUUUUUUUUUCAAAGAGACAAAUGGAAAGAGAACACGUAUAGCCUAUAAUUUUCUAAUAUAAAAUGGAAAUGAUAGACUACUAUUUAAGUGAAGUACAAUCCAAAAGUAUGUAUUAACGAUGGAACCCUUCCGUGACAACAAUUGAAAAAAAAAUGUAUCUCUCAUGGAAAAAAAAAUUGACUGCGAAGUAUCUAAUAAUUUAUUCAUCAUCACACAAGACAUAAAGACACCAAGUCAUUUCAUUUCUAGACGUCAACGAGUAAAGAUAGAAAUACAAGAGUACGAAGAAUGUUACGACCUAUUGGCUUUACUAUUCUCCAAUUGAUUGGUUUAUGGCAACCGAUACACUGGCAGACAAAAUGGUCUGUUAAAUUUUAUCAAAUUUAUUCUUUAGUAACAAUAACAUAUUUGUAUAUUCACGUACUAUCUGACAUCAUUGAACUAUUUCGAAUACAAGAAAAUUUGGAGAACUUUAUCAACGAUUUAUUAGUUUUUCUCAGCAUGCUAGGAUGCUCAAUAAAAGCUACAAAUAUUUUGAAUCAACGUUAUAAAAUAGUUAAAUUAAUAACAAAGCUUUCAAGUUUUUCUUACUUACCUCAAGACCAAAAUGAAGAGUUAAUACUACAGGAAUUUGAUAAAUCUAUCAGCACGAAAACGAUAAUAAACUUCAGCAUUGUUGUAAUAACAGCAACACUGAUGCAAAUAACAUUUUUCAAAAAUGGCUUGAAGUAUAUUUUACCAUUUAAAGCCUGGGUUCCAUUGAAUUUAUCAAAUCCUAUCACAUUCUGGACUAUUUAUUCUUUUCAAAGUAUUGGUUCAUGUCUUGGUGCUACCAUAAAUACUGCCUACGAUACUUUGGUAGCAAGUUUGAUACUUCAAGUUUGUGCCCAACUCAGUAUAUUCAAGUAUCGGCUUAGUACCAUACUAAAAAGAGUACAAUCCAAUGUCAAACUCUCAGCAGACAUAAAUAAAAAAGAAGCUUACUUUUUUGCUAACUUUGUCAAACAUCAUUGUGAGAUAUUUCAAUUUGCCAAGACGUUAAAUAAAGUUUUUGGGAUAAUUUUUUUUGCUCAGUUCUUGAUAAGUACGUUUGUUAUAUGUGUAACAGUAUACAGCAUGUCACAGCUUGAUUUUGGAAGCUCUGAAUUACCACCCAGGGUUAUGUACCUCCUAUGUAUGCUGUACCAGUUAUUUUUAUUUUGUCACGCUGGUAGUGAAGUUAUUACAAAGAGCACAGAAAUCAAUGUAAAAAUUCAUACUAUUAACUGGUAUUUAUUGAAUAACAGUACCCAGAAGGGAUUAUUGAUCAUCAUGCUGCGAAGCCUUAAGCCAAUAAAAUUUACUACUGGAUUUAUUAUUGAUUUGUCAAUGGAGUCAUACACUCAGAUGAUGUUGAUAAAUGAUCGUAAGAUUAAUUUUUCAAUAACAUUUUAGUGCAGAACCAUUUAGAUAUUCUCACCUUACUAAAGCUGGAGAAUAAGAAGGUAAAGAAGAAAAAAAUAAU